AUGCAGUUUGCUGCAGAGGACGCCGCCAUUGAAUUCUGUGCGCAGGUUGCAGUCGCCAUGUUUGGCGCGGCAGGCGAACCGACAGACAGCAUCCUCUCCUGCGAUGUUGUGAAGGGCAAGGAGAACAAGCAGAUCUUUGUCGGUGACCUCGUCAAGACCCUCUACCGUGUGUGGGUGGUGCAGUCUAACGACUCCAGCGACGGACUACCGCGUCUUGGCAGCUUGCUGGAGAAGGAGAGCGAGGAUACUGUGAAAUUCACGGCACCAGCCAGCCAUCAAUGUGUGACGGCGUCGAUGCGGGGCUUCGAGGGCAUGACAGUUGGUAUGAGAGAAGGAGGACAACGCCUCAUGGUGAUCCCUGUCAGAGCAAAACGUGGACGCGGGCCAAAUGUCAGCAUGUGCUUUUAUGUUGAGAUUAUUCGCCGCAAGGAUCAGCAAACCUCGUCAACAUUCCAGUCCCACAGAGGCGCCAAGGAGAGAGGUCCGCUGCUUUUAACCGGGGGUGAUUGCAGAACGGCUACGGGCUCGCCGGCGCAGCUUCUUGCCAUAAACUCUGGCUUCGUAGAUGGACACCCGGCGAUGGUGGCAAGCGGCUUCAGCAAAGAGCAGUUUUUGCUGGUGGACAGGCUGCGCGAUCAGGUGUUUACUCUCACACAGCAGCUGCGUGACACUCGGCGCGAGCUGGACAGCCUGUGUGCUGACCUGAAACGUCACGAGCGCCAGUCGGGAGCGCAGAGCUUGACGAGGGCACAAAUCGAGUACUCGAUCGAGCACCUUCUUGCCGAGGGUGACACUAAGAAAAAGGUAUUGGAGGACAAGAGAGCCCUCAUUGGUGAAACAGAGGCGCGAAAUCGAGAGUUGGAGGCGCGACUCGCCAAGUUUCUACAGACAACGAAAACAUUGGGGGAGGAGACGAAGGCCGCUCUUGAUGAUAGCGCCGGCGAGCGCAUCGAUCUGGAUCGGCAGCUUGCUGACACGCAGGCGAGAAUUGUUCGGCUCAAUGGUGAGGUAGAGGAUUUGGGUCGACUCCUCUGCGGUCUCGAAGAUACUUUUCGCUUGACAGCCUUAAAAGUGAAGGAGGAAAAGCUGCGUCUGACACUCUCCAUCACCGAUCAUGAAGGGCACGAGGAGAGGCUGCUGAGGCUGCAGGAGAAAUACAGUGAAGAGGUAGCCAGGCGCAAGCUCUUGGAGUCAAAGUUGGCACCCUUACAAGAGGAGCUGCGCAAUCUUGAGGACGAUACGCAGCUCAAGGAGUCACUGACGCAGCAGAUCAGAGCAAAGACGGAGAGCGACAGAACGCACUACGCCCAGCUUAUCCAGCAGGAGCGAGAGCAGGCGGCGAUUGAACUAAGGCAGCUCAAGCAGGACCUCAUCGAGGAGUUGGCCGCACGUGAUCGGCAGUAUGAAGAGGCAAAGGAGAGGGUUUCGACGGAAGCCUACGAGCAAGGCAUGGCACAGGGCGUGGAGGAGGGGCUUGCGGACGCUGCGAACGAAGGGGAUGUGAUUGCGCACGACAUGGCGGUGAACGCGCAGCGAUGCAAGGCUGAGGCAGCGGCGUUGCAGGUGCGUGUGCAGGCGAACUGCGCCGCGAACGAGGCGGAUGAGCGCCGUCUCACCUCUCAGAUAGAGUCGCUCCAAGCUUCAUUGACGCGAGUCCUUCAUGACAACAACACCCUCUCGGCCCAGCUUGAAGCGACGCAAGAGGAGCACGCUGUCAAGGUCGGCGAGGUGUACCAGCGGCUUGUUCGUCUCAUCCGCUUGUGUGGCGCCGCCUCAAUCAGUCAGCCCUGCUUGGCAGCAAUGAUGCGGGCUGCCGAGUCCGGGGCAGAGUUUGAUCCCUUCCGCUUCCAGCAGAUGGAGAGCGCGAGGGAAGCGCAGCUGGCGCGAGACGAACGGGCUGCUGUGGCGGCAUGGGUGCAAGCAAGCGUGUACAAUCAACCCACCCACAUGCCACCGCUCCGUCCACCGUUCCCCUACGCCCCGACGAGCAAAGGUCCCGUGCUUUCCGCGGAGACCAUGGGAACCAAGGUGUUACUGAACCCAGCAGUGCAUCAUCGUCUUCCAGUUUUGACGGCGACAACUACAUCCGUCACAGCAGAAACCCCAGCGCCGAUUCCCUCAGCAACCCCUGCGGCUCCUGGGGAGGUAGAACCCGUCAUUCCUGCGCCUUCGCUUGCGUUGCCGCCUACUCCAGUAGCCCCUGCCCAACCCUCUGAGGUGUCAGAGUCUCAGCAAAGCGAGCCGCAGAACACGGCGGCUAUUGAAAAGGCGUCAACACGACAGCGCGUUAAGUUUCCUUCAACGAAGAUACGAUACUUAGGUGACAGCGGCGCAGCCGGGGGAACAGAGGCCACUGCGCAUCAGCGACAACCUUCCCUCUAG